AUGGUCGACCGGUUGCCGGAACAGAAGGCCGCUCGGAAAUGCAUACAUUUUUCAAUAACAAGCUAUUCGAAGACAACACUGAGUCAGCGAAAUCAAAUCGAUCGUCAACAAUCGGAGAAGGUACUAACGUUGAUUGGUUACCAACUGGCUUACAAGGUCGAAGACGGAGCGCUUUUGUCAGCUCUCCUAAAGUCCUUGCGUUCACGUUGUCCGGACUGA